AUGAACUCUGGUUUAAGCUUCAAAGUCGAGGAGUGUGGCAUAUACAAGGCUGCUAAGAUCAACCUCAUAGGGACAAUGUCUAAUUUCACUACUGUUGGUCCUCUUAAGGGUUCAUACCACUUUUACCACAAAGGGGUGAGGUCGCGGCCGGAGUGGGCUUAUGCAGAGGCCCGGAGGAGUGUUGAAAGCAACCUUGGCACCUUCAUGGCGGGUCUGCCGGAUACUACAGCUGUUAGGUGUGGUGAUUUUGUAAAAGGUGACCUUGGAGGAACGAUUGCACGUCAAGGAGAGUUUUUGAAGCUGCCCUCUGUUACAGGUGCUGGUAGCGACACUAAAAAUCGGAACGGUGUAAGGAGUUGGGAGGCCUGGUUCGACCUCCACUAUGAAAUUUCUAUUUUCUUUUUCGAUUCCGCACUUGCACCUGCUUUGCCUAAGGGCUAUUCAACUGACGAGGUAGAUGCCGCUAUUAAAGCAGGUACUAAUGGGGCAAUUGUGUGA